AUGAUCUUAGAGUGGCCCACUCGCAUGGAUCUCGUAUACUUUUUCAAGAGGCCCGCAAUUGACAGAUCCAAAGCGACAGCUGCAGCAUCCAUGCGAUUGGCCAUGAAAUUCGCUCGUUCAAAGGCGGCCAUUCGAUAUCAUAUACCCAGCUCGAUCCCAUGGCAGCUCGUUGACCGCUGGUUCGGUGGGCUGAGCAGUGGUGUCACGGUCAAGGAGUGCCAUAGUGGUGUCACGUUUAAGAUGACCGUAGGUGUUGGGUUUGCCAACCCUCAUCGCCUCCGUCAGAAGUAUGUUCCAAUUGUUUAUGAGAGAGACCUACGGGGAUGGAGCAGGGGCAGGAGGACCAUGGAUGAUCGACGUGAUGAUAGGGAGAGCGACAAGGGCAGUAAAGCGUAUGAGGUCGACGAGUUGUAA